AUGAACUUUACGUGCCACCCCUCAACUUUGAUUUCUCGCAUAUUCAUUAUGAGAACUUCCUAUUUGUAUGCACUUGUUGCUGCCCGUUAUGCUGUCAGCCAUAAAAUGGUCCUUUCCAAUGGUUCAGACGUAGGUCAACCCGCGGGAUAUCCCAAAGGGCAGCCCAUUGGGCAGCCCGUUGGACAGCCCGUUGGUGGAUUCGUCUCCGUUCGUGCUGGUCGCAAACAGACACCGUUCCCACAGUGGUUGACGGAUUUUACUGGGCUCAAGGAAUGGCCAGGAAUUGACCCGCCUUACAUCCCCAUGGACUUCAUUGAUUUUGACAAAAUUCCGGACUACAAGCGUUAUGAUCAAGGCGUCUGUGGAGCCAACCCACGAGAGUCUUGCUCCUUUGAUUGUGACCACUGUUUAGCCCCUGAUGAUGUCUACACCUGUAGGAAAAUUUCACAAACAUUUGACGACGGACCGUCUCCGGCUACCGACAAACUGCUGGAAGCUUUGGACCACAAAACGACCUUCUUCAACUUGGGUAUCAAUAUCGUGAACUAUCCAGAAAUGUACCGCAAAAUACUAGAUGGCGGCCAUCUGGUUGGUACACAUACGUGGUCUCACCCUUUCAUGCCAAGCCUCACCAAUGAGCAGAUUAUUGCGCAACUUCAAUGGUCGGUUUGGGCAAUGAACGCAACUGGACAUCAUCUUCCCAAAUGGUUUAGACCGCCUUAUGGAGCUAUUGACAACCGAGUUCGUUCUAUUGCAAGAAUGUUUGGUCUGCAGGCCGUUUUGUGGGAUCACGAUUCUUUUGACUGGCAGCUCAUCAAUGAAGAUCAGACAGUAAGAACAGAGGAGGAUAUAUAUAGAGAUGUUCAGGAAUGGAAACAUGAUGGGGAGGGUCUAAUUCUAGAGCAUGAUGGCACGUUCAAAACAGUUCAAGUGGGCAUCAAUGUCAAUAAAAUUCUAGGCGAUAAUCAAAUGACGGUUGCUGAAUGCGCUGGUGGGAUUGAUUAUAUCAGGGCAUUCCCUUAG